CAAACGUUAGCCUAUACGCGCCGCGAUCCUAAACGAUGAUGACGAGACGACCAUGAGCUUAUUACGCGGUAACCGUUAUAGUUAAACGUUUUGAUAAUAUAAUGGCUAAUCUGGCUUAAACGUUGAAUUCGUUCGCCAAGGAAACUAUCGAAGGCAUUAUGAAACUCAGCGUCACCUCAUUUCGAGCUCACUCAUCAGCUCAGAAAAAAAUAUUAAAAUAUCAAAAUCAGCUCAACUACGUCACAACUCAUUGUCCUAUUGUACCAAGUAUAAAUUCUCAAUCCUCAUCGUUUAACGUCAGACAAAUGAUGGUCGACAGUACGGGAAUGAGAACGGACAAUAUAAAGCCAGGAACGCCCAUUACGUCUGAAACGUCCAGCUCAAAAAAUACCAAUGAUAGCUCCAGUGGCAAUGUCAAAAACAGUUCAACAACUGUGGAAAAGAUUGUACCAUCCAGAAGCAGGAGCAAUCAGAGAUGGAUGAAACUCAGAACCACAGUGCAGUUGUCCAGUGCUAUAUCUUCGACAAUAAAGACAUCGAAACCGACGCUGCAGAGAGAGGAUUCAUUCAUCAAACGGUUUUCCACUCGGCAAGUGGCCGAAAAGCAGGAGACGUUGGACACCGGCGAUGACGGCGAAUGCAGUUCCGGCUCGCAGGACAACAUCGAGUACGUUCGCCGGAAACGCCGGUUGCGCCGGAAGCAAAACAAACUGCCGUGGUCCGUGGUCAACCCGGACGAGAACUUCUACUUCAACUGGCUAAUGGUGUUGACGGGCUGCACUCUGUACAACCUGUGGACGGCCAUCGUCCGGCAAAGCCUGCCCGAGCUGCAGCGCAUGGCUUCCCCGUGGUGGUCGGCCAUGGACGCGUUCAGCGACAUCGUGUUCCUGCUUGACGUAGCCGUCCAGUUCCGCACCGGCUACCUGGAACAAGGCCUGAUGGUGUACAAUACCAGCAAGCUGGCCGGUCAUUACAUCCGGUCCCGGUCGUUCCUGUUCGAUCUCAUAGCGCUCACGCCACUGGAUCUAAUACAACUAAAGAUCGGCGUGCACCCCAUACUCCGGUUCCCCAGGUUCAUCAAGGUGUAUAGAGUGUACGACUAUUACUACAUGGUGGAAUCGAGGACGGUCUACCCAAACUUUUGGAGAGUGAUCAACCUGAUUCACAUUUUAUUGAUACUGGCUCAUUGGUUUGGGUGUUUCUAUUAUCUGUUAUCCGAAGCGGAAGGAUUCAAAGGCGAUUGGGUGUACCCGUACAAGCCGGGUGACUAUGCGACGUUGACUAGAAAAUAUUUGGGAUCGUUGUACUGGUCAACUCUGACGCUGACCACCAUCGGCGAUCUACCCACACCAGAAACUAAUGCUGAGUACGUUUUCACCAUCGUCAGCUACUUGAUCGGAGUCUUCAUAUUCGCCACCAUCGUUGGGCAGGUGGGCAACGUGAUAACGAACAGAAACGCAAACCGAUUGGAGUUUGAACGGCUGUUGGACGGCGCCAAGUUGUAUAUGCGACAUCACAAGGUGCCAAGCGGCAUGAAAAAAAGAGUGCUGAGAUGGUAUGACUACUCGUGGUCCAGGGGACGUAUUCAAGGAGGUGGAGAUAUAAACACGGCGCUGGGUCUUCUUCCGGACAAAUUGAAAACCGAACUGGCGUUGCACGUCAAUCUGGCGGUUUUGAAAAAAGUUACAAUAUUUCAAGAAUGCCAACCGGAAUUCCUACACGAUUUAGUUCUCAAAAUGAAAGCUUACAUAUUUACACCUGGGGAUUUAAUAUGUCGGAAAGGAGAAGUGGCCAGAGAGAUGUUCAUCAUAGCAGACGGAAUCUUAGAAGUUAUUAGUAGUGAAACUGGACAUGUUCUGACAAUAAUGAAAGCUGGCGAUUUCUUUGGAGAAAUUGGAAUUCUCAACUUGGAUGGAUUUAAUAAGAGAACUGCUGAUGUUCGGUCAGUAGGAUAUUCAGAGUUAUUCAGUUUGUCUCGUGAAGACGUUCUUGCCGCCAUGAAAGACUACCCCGAAGCACAAGAUAUUCUUCAAACCCUCGGCAGAAAGCGUCUAAUGGAAGCAAGGAACGCAAAUAAGAUCGUUGCAGAUCGGAUAAAAUCUCGGGCUGAAGCUGCAGAAAACUGUAGUGGAAUCGUUGAAAAAAUUCGAUGUGAUGUCAAAGGACUUCGAAAUGCAUUUUCAAAAGGACGCCGAGGCACUAGAGCUGUAGUUGAAGAGAGCAUGGAGUUACAGCCAUUAACCAGUAGUGGUCGCAAAUCAGAAAACACCAGUAGUAAAAGUAUUUUAAGAAGAAUGCCCCGGGUAUGGAGCGAUGAGUUAGCUUCGGGAACUGAUCACAGUGAUGAAGACCCAAGGCCGAUAUCGCCGGGUAUUCCAAUACUAAAUAAAGCAAAAUCGGAUAGAGAACCGCGUGCUAACGAGUCUAAGAAGUGUUUACUAUCACCCCCACCUGCUGUGUCAGAAACGGUUCGAAAAGAAUCAACGAAUCAAGAAGUAAUCGGUGCCGGACUUCCGUUAUUGCAGAGACUGUUGAUUCUCAAACAAAAAAAUGAACAAGAAGCGAUGACGCAAAGUAAACCGAAGAAGGUCGACCUAGAAGUACCCGAAAGUACACCUAAGGUAAAAUCGAACGUGAAAUUAAAAACUCCGAAAAAAGAAAACACAAAAAGCAUAAGCCUAAAGCAACGGCUGUCGGAGGUACACACCAGGCAGCGAAAACAGACGGCGAAUACGAAAUUGUGGACGCUUUUGAAAAAAGCGACGGUGCUUACGCCAAAAGCCAAGUUGCAAGACUUAAAAGCCGAUAGUGAGGUCCCACGCGACACGUCGUCUAUUCAAUCAAACUUGAAACCCACAGCCGAUGUUUCACAUAUAAACAGUGGAGGUUGCGAACACAAGUUUAUUGUAAUGUGCCAAAAAUUAGAUGAUCAAUACAAACAGGGCUCAUUGAUUGCUCAAAACAUAUCGGCUCACAAUAGUUUAACCAAUAAAUUUACUGAAAAUAAUAUUAAUAAGGAAAAAUGUGAUAUUAGAAUAGUGCAUAGGCCAAAAGUGUUGCAUUUAGACGGCAAGAAAAGAUGUUACGAUUCGAUCAACGAUCUGUCACCCGAGUAUUCCGGUUUGUCGUUCGUCAAGAAAUUGAAAAUAUUGAACGAACGACAAAAGUUGGCAGAACUAGAAGAGAAAGCGUUCUUGAGAAGUUCCAGCCUGGAUUCGUCCGGAUGCAGGGCUUUGGACGUUUCGUAUGGCAGUCAGUUAACACGGAGUCACUCGGAAGCGGUAGCCCUGGAGGUGGUACUGAGAAACCAAAAUUCGCGCAAACAAGAACCGUUGGGGUGCAGCACAACACCGGUAGAUGAGUGUAACGAAACAGCCGAGCGGAUACGGCUUAAGAAUAUACUUAAAAAGUUGUCAUCAAGCUGUUUCGGCAACGACAGAGCGAACCAGUUGAUGACUUCGCAGACCAUAGAAGGAUAUGCUGCCAGACACUCCAAAUUGACUAGAAAUGUUACGUUCAACCAACGCCGCACAAUAGAAUCUUCGCCAGAUUCUUGUAGCUCCUUAUUUGAAUUUCCCGACAGCAUAACCCCUCAGUGUAAAAAUCCCGAUCUUAUACCAAUAGAUUUGUCUCAUAAGACUGACUUGCUAGAGUCUUCCCAAAGAACUUCAAAGCAUACAAAACUGUCCAAACGAAUGUCCACCAACUCUGCAGUGCAGUACGUGUCGAGUCGGCCGGAUAUUCGACAAAACUGUUACGACGAAAUAUUGAAUGGUGUAAAAACAAUUGUCGAGAAAUGUCUAACAGAUAUUGAAGGAAAAUAUCGAAAUAAAAUAGAUGAACUCGAAUCUGAAAUAAAUAAACGCGAUUAUACAAUAAGCACACUAUGUGAACAAUUCAAUCAGAAACUUUGUGAUCAACCCGUCGACGAAGGAAAAUUAGGAUCAUUACUUGAUAAUUAUUCAAAAAAUAUAGAAGAAGACGAAGAAAAUCCAUUUAUAAGAAAUGAUUCUGUGGAUACAGUCAUGUGUCCAAAGGUAUCUUCGUUCAACAGUUUGUCCCCAUUUGGUAUGGACGACCCGAGGUGUUACAACCCAAAUUCCAGUAGCCCUCCGUUGUUCUCGAGUAAGUCUUGGGAAGACCGGUCGGAAGAAGAGAACCUGGAACUUCGAGAUUUGCCCAAGUCGAUUAUCCCAGAACCGUCGUGGCAACACGACGAGACCAGAAUCGACAUGAAUUGUACGGAUGACGAAGAAGAAGAGUUUCCUCCCAGGUGGGAGAACUGGGAAGCGGAAAUGUUAGUGGGGCACACUAGCCACAACGAUCUCCACGCUGGCCCAGGGCUUUUGAGCCGAAGGUCUUUGGACGAAAAUAGUAUGAUCAUACACAGAGGACUUCAGGGACGGAGGAGGUGUUUGUCGAUUGACAAUGUGCCGUUUUCCAAUUCGAUACUAAGAAAUUUUGGACAAUACGUCCGUUUGGGGGGCAGUUCGUCACAAACGCCUUCGCCCGACAUACUUCCGACUAUAUCGAAGAGUUGUUUUUCGUUAGUAUCGCAGCCCGAAAAUUAAAUCAAUAUAAACCGAUUAUUAUUAUUAUUAUUAUGAUUAAUGAUUAUGAUUAUUAUUAUUAUUGUUGUUGUUGUUAUUGUUAUUCUUUUUGGAUAGUACGAAAUUUUACCAUAACAGGAUAGUUGCAUGGUUUUAUCAUGACUAUAUUAUUAUAAUUGUUUGUACCUUAAUAUUUUAGUAACACACGAAUUUAUUUUUUAAUUUUCGGAACAUGAUGUACUAUAUUACUAUAACAUAGUACCUACACUAUAGUUGCCACUGCAGCAUUGUGCUAGGUACCAUAAACAUUUACCAUUAAAUAUGUUGAAAAUAGGGACCAAUAAAAAUUCAAAUUUAAAUUUCCAUUGUAUUCAAUGACAUAGAAGUGCAUAUUUGUCUCCUGAUACUAUGAAGUACUUAUGCAGUAUUGAAUGUUUAUUACAAUAUAUAUUUUUUUAUUAGUAUUUAUUCAAAAUCUGUUGAGACAAAUUGCAUUGUAUGUAAACGUAUGAAAUAUUUGGUUAGUGGCAAAACACUAUUUGUUUUUGGAAAUGAUUUCGGAUUCAUAGGUAAAUAAUAAAUAGUUAGAUUUUUUUUACAUUGUUCACAAUUUCGGAAUAACCUAAAAUAUUAUUUCAACAUGAAAAGUAAUUCAAACAAAUUCUUUUAUACUCCAUACUUAUUUUUUAGUCAGGUUUUAGAUGACAGUGAAAUACGUAUUAUGGGUAUGAAACGUAUAUGUAAACAUUUAAUUUAAAAAUAAACUUUGUGUCUUACACACACGUUUCCGUACAUUAUUAGUCGAGAUUCGUAGUAAAAAAAUAGUCCCAAUUGUUUAAAAAAUAUCUUCGGUUUAUUUAAGAUUAUUUUUUAUCCCGCACAAAACAUAAACGUUUUUCAAACAAUUUUUUAUAUUUAUUUUGACAUUUUAUCAAAUUUGAGUGAUUGUAUUCUAAAACACAACCCAAAUUUUUUUUUUAUUAUUUCGCUAAAUAAUUUGGUAUUCAUGAACAAUUUCGUAUGGCAAAAAGUACGAUAUUACUAUGCAACUACUCUAAUCCUGUUAUAAAUUGCAUUACGCUUGAGAAUUGACCUAAUUUUAGUUGUUAUUAUAUAUGUUUGAACAUUAAUGAUAUCCAUAAGCAUUGAUGAUUUUGAUCGGAAAAAUUUGGUAUUAAUUUGGUCACAACAACUGAAAAACUAAAAAUUGAAUAUUUAUGUAUUCAUAAUACAAAACAAUAAAAAGUCAUUAUGGCGAUGGUCAGAUCAGAAUGCGGGUCGACUGUCGCUGAAACAAACGUCCACACCUCGAUAACUCCAAUGCGAAUUGGUAUUUGAUAUUUUUCCACACCUAACCACAUAUAUUUCCAGAAAGUUUUCUCUCCGGUAUUAUUCAUUAUCUUGUUAUUGUAAUAUUAAAUGUAAUUAGUUUACUUAGGCUAACUUAAUUCUGGUCAUGUUAUUAUAGUAAAAUUGUUAUUUGUUAUAACUGACUUAUAAGUAUAAAAAACAAAACGUUAAAAGUGUAAGUAAUUUUUAUAAAAAAAAAAAAACGUGAGAUCUUAAGCAGAACUGUACAACUUAAUAACGAAACUGAU